UUUUUUUUUUUUUCUUUUUUAGACCCUCAUCUAAAAAAAAAAAUUUCCCUUCCUCUUUUCCCUUUUUAUCUAUUUUCUUUUCUCCAUCACGCCAUUUACUCUCUCGAACUACCAAUACCAUCACCACCAUCUAUCAAGCCCGCCCACUUGGAUCAAAUCUGACCCCCCACCGGAUCAGCCCACAUCAGGAAAAUCUUCACCUUGUUUUUAUCCCGCGCGGAAAAUUCGAUAUCUUCACCGAUACUUCUUAGAAAAAUAUCUACAUCCCCGUAUAGAACUUAACAACCGAGCCAUCCCACUUAACCGCCUCCAACGCAACGACUAGCCACCAUAUACACAUACAUCCACAUCCACAAUGGACUCUAGAGCACAAAUCGCAGGCAACAACAACACCCACGCCAAUAACAACAUGAGCACAACGCAACAACCGCUCCUCACCACCUCACCUCAGCCUCACAACCCGCUCAGCCUCGCGUCCAAGCAACCAAUCCCAACUUCCGCAGCCAGCAUACACGAGCGAUCAACAUCGCACCAUCCCCACACGCAGCCCACCGAAUAUUCCCAACAGCAGCUCUCCCAAUUGUCGGAGACCAACGGCCAACAGCAGAACGCGCUGGAAAGCUAUCCGCACCAAGUGUCCGGAUCGGGAGGCCCGACCGCUACGGCGCCAUUCUUACGGGACUUCAGCCUUGUCGCCGAGGCGGCCAAACGCGCCCAGAUGUCGGUUGUGAUGAGGGAUUUGGAAGCGGUAACGUUAUAGAUCUGAUGCGAUGCGCUACUGCGGGAGGUGUGGGUUUUAUACGGGGCUUUGUGUGACGUGGAAUAUGGAAAUAGCUGACGUUCGUCUACCGGGGAUCGUGGUUGGGCUUCGAUUAGGUGAUGGUGAUGGUGAUGGUGAUGGUGAUGGUAUAGAGGACAACAUCUCAUCUCUACGUCUAUAGGAUGGAUACUCGUCUCUUGGUUUAGAUCGGGUAUGCAUAUGGGGGGGAGAUCUGGACCGGUCCAGUACUUUAGUACUUACCUACCUACCACCGCACCCAAACCGAUUUCAUUGGUUAAUCGAUUGCUUUGGUACGGGGAAUUCGUUUCAUUCCCCUUCUUUAUCUUCUUGGUUGUUUAUGUGGACGAGUGUUUCUUUGUUUGUUUGAAGCCUUU